UUCAGGGUGUACCGUUCUCGGCACGUGCAGCAACAAGCCGUGCGUGUAUCGCCAUGUGAAUCUGUCAGUAGGCACCCCCGUGUGUCCUGCUAUCCUCCUCAACUCACCUGCUCUCUCUCCUUACCCAACCAAUCCCCUGACCCCUUUCACCUGCACCACCCCAACCCCCCCCAUCACACACCAGGCACGUGCAGCAACAAGCCGUGCGUGUAUCGCCACGUGAAGCUUCCACCAGGCACCCCCAUCCCAUGUGCUCGGCAUUUCUCACCCCGACCCACCACCAUUCGCUCUUCCCCUCCCCUCCCUCCCCCGCACCCACACCCACCAGGCACGUGCAGCAACAAGCCGUGCGUGUAUCGCAAACUCACUUGCUCUCUCUCCUUACCCACCCAAUCCCCUGACCCCUUUCACCUGCACCACCCCAACCCCCCCAAUCACACACCAGGCACGUGCAGCAACAAGCCGUGUGUGUAUCGCCACGUGAAGCUGCCUCCAGGCACCCCCGUCUGCUCUGCUUAUCUCAGAGGAUUCUGCGAGAAAGGGCUGGCGUGCACACAGCAGCACACGUAUGAGUGUCCCGAGUUUUCUUCUAAAGGGGAUUGCGCUGCCGGCAAGAAGUGCAGGCUUUGGCACAGGAAGAAGGCAGAUGAGGGGAGCGGCAAGGUGGGGAAGAAGAGAAAGAAACGGUACUGGGAAGAGGAAGAGAGGGAAGAGGAGGAGGAAGUGGAGGGGGAAGCAGGUGGCCAGAAGAAAAGCGUGAAGCUAGGGGGAAUAGAGGGGGAGGAAGGCGAGGGGAGGGAAGAGAGUGAGGGGAGUGAAGGGGAGGGGGAGAAAGGAGGGAGGAGGAAGGGGAAGGGAGGGAAUAAGAGGAGGGUUGGGAAGGGCAGAGGGAAAAACGUUCUGAGGUUUUUUGGUGGUGAUAGUGAGGAGAGUGCGGAGGAGAGGGAGGAGGGGAGUGAAGAGGAGAGUGAGAAUGAGAGAGGGGUGGAGAGUGAGGAGAUGGAAGAGGCUGGUGUGGAGGAAGAAAAGAAGCAGAAGGUUGGGAAGAGCAGAGGAAAAAACAUUCUGAAGCUGUUUGGUGGUGAUAGUGAGGAGGAGAGGGAGGAGGGUGAGGAGGAGAGGGAGGAGGAGAAGGAAGAGGAGGGUGAGGAGGAGAGUGAGGAAGAGAGGGAGGAGAGGGAGAAGGAGAGGGAGAAGGAGAGGGAGAAGGAGAGGGAUGAGGAAGAGGAGGAGGAGAGGGAAGAGGAAGAAAAUAAGAGCAAGGGUGGGAAACGUAGAGUGAAAAGUCUGUUGAAGUUGUUUGGUGGGGAUAGUGACGAGGAGGAGGAAGAGGAGAGUGAGAAGGAGGGUGAGGUGAGUGAGGAGAGUGAGAAGGGUGAGGGGAGUGAAGAGAGUGAGGAGGGCGAGGGGAGUGAAGAGAGUGAGAAGGAGAGCGAGGAUGAGUAUAAACCGGAGAAUGAAGAGGAGAGUGAGGAGUGGGAUGGUGGGGAGGGGGAGGAGACGGAAGUGGGGAGUGGGGAGGAGAAUGAAGAGAGGAGUGGGGAGGAAAAAGAAGAAGGGAGUGACGAGGAAAAGAAAAGCAAGGGUAGGAAGAGCAGUCAGAAAACUGCUUUGAAUGUCAUUGGUGGGGAUAGUGAGGAAGAAGAUGAAGAGGAGAGAGAAGAGGAGAGAGUAGAGGAGAAAGAGGAGCAUGAGAGGGAGGAGAACGAGGAGGAAAGAGAAGGGGGCGAGGAGAGAGCGGGGAGUGAGGAGGGAGGGGAAGAGAGGGUGGGGGAGCGUGAGAAUGGGGGAGAAGAGUUUUGGGAGGGAAGGGAAGAAGAAAGGGAAGAGGAGAAGGGUGGAGAGGGAGGAAAGAUGGGAAAAGGGAAUAAAGGGAUGAAGACAAGUAAGCAGGUGGAGAGGAGAGGUGAAGAGAUGGAGGAGGUAUGGGAGGAGGAGAGGGAUGUAGGGGGAGGGAAGAAGGGAAGAAGGUUGAGAUUGAUGAAGGGAGGGAAAAAGGUGGAGGUAAGAAGUGAGGAGAGUGAGCAGGAGAGGGAGGAAGCGUGGGAGGAGAGGGGUGGAGUGGGUGGGAAGAAGGGAAAAGGGAAUAAAGGGGUGAAGAGAGGAAAAAGGGUGGAGGGGACAGGUGAGGAUAGUGAAGGGGAAAGGGAAAAGGAAUCGAACGAGGAGAGGGAUGGGGAGAAGGAGGAGAAGGGGAGAAGGAAGAAAGGGAAGAAGGGAGAUGAAAAGCUGGAAACGAGAGGUGAGACGAUCGAGGAGGAAGGGGAGGAGGUUGAGGAGAUAUGGGAAGAGGUGGGCGGUGGGGAGGAAGGGAAAAAGGGAAGACAGAAAACCGGGAGAAAGAAAGGUAAAGGGGUGGAGAGGAAGAAUGAGGAGGUUGAUGAGGAGAGGGAGGAGGAGACGGGUGGAGAGAGAAAGAAGAAGGGAAGUGAGAGUAAAAGGAUGAAGAAAGGACGAAAGGGGAGUAGGAGAGGUGGGGAUGGUGAUCAGGAUAGGGAGGAGGAUAGGGAGGAGGAAAAGGAGGAGGAAAUGGAGGAGGCAUGUCAGGAGGAAAGGGAGGAGGAUGAGAGGGAGGAGGUGAGGGUUAAGUUGCAAGAGAAGAAGGGAAGUAGGGAUAAGCGGGUGAAGAAAGGAAAGAAGGUGGUGUUUAUAGGGGAGGAGAGUGAGGAGGAAAGGGAAAUGGAGGCGGGUGGAGAGAGGAGGAAGAACGGAAGUAAUAAGAAAGGGAUGAAGAAAGGAAGGCAGGUGGAAAGGAAUGGUGGAGAGAAUGAGGAAAAUGAGGAGGGGAUGGAGGAGGUGGAGGAGGAGGAGGGUGGACGGGGAGGGAAGAAGAAAGGAAAGAAGAUCGGGAAGAAGAAAGGUCAGAAGGUUGAGAGGGAGGAGGAGAGAAGUGAGGAGGAAAGGGAGGAGGAUAUGGCUGAAGAGGGAGGGAAGAAGGGAAGCAAGGAUAGAGGGAAGAAGAAAGGGAAAAGGUUCAAGAGAAGGCAUGAGGAGGAAAGGGAGGAAGGGGUGGAGGAGGAAAGGGAUGAAGGGGAAGAGGAGGAAAGGGAGGAAGGGGAGGAGGAGGAAAGGGAUGAAGGGGAGGAGGAGGAAAGGGAGGAAGGAGAGGAGGAGGAAAGGGAAGAAGGGGAGGAGGAGGAAAGGGAGGAAGGUGAGGAGGAGGAAAGGGAAGAAGGAGAAGAGGACGGAAGGGAAGCAGGAGAAGAGGAUGAACGGGUAGAAGGGGUGGAGGAGGCAGAUCAGGAGAUGGAGGAACAUCUUGAGGCACUAGGGAGCAAAGGGGGGGAGAGAGAGGAGAGGAGAGAGGCGAGGAGGAGGCGGCGAGAGAAUAGAAAAGAGGAGAAGCUUGUCUUGGCAGCUGUGGCAGCGGCAGCGGCCGCUGCUGCUAAUGAUGCUGCUGCUGCUGCUGCUGCUGCUGCUGCUACUGCUGCUCGUGAUGCCGAUAUGGAGGUGCCUGUUGCUGCUCCCUUUUCGUCUGGUGUAGACCCUGCCUCAAGCACACAGAAGGGCAAGGGUAAGAAGGGAAGGAAAGAGGCUCCUGAGCCUCAGCCUGUGCCUGAGCCUGAGAAUAGACUCUCUGACACUCCUGCUGCUACUGCUGCUAUUGCUGCUGCUGCCACUACAGACUCAAGCCCCGUGCUUGCCGAGCUGGGUCCUGCAGUGAAGGGCAAGGGCAAGGGCAAGGGUAAGGGUAAGAAAAAGAGGAGGGUGGCUUUUGAACCUGAAGUGCCGGUUUCUCCUCCUCCUCCUCCUGCAGCUGCUGCUGCUGCUGCUGCUGCAAGUCCUCCUGACUUGGAAAUUACGCCUUCUGAUGCUGAUGCAGCCCCAGCAGCAAGAGCCAGAGGCAAGGGGAAGAAGCAGAAGAAGGUGAAAAAGGCUGCUGCCGAACCUGCUGCCGAUGCUGAUGCUGCUGAUGAUGAUAAUGAUGAUGCGGAAACUCCUGCUGUUUCAAACUCCUUGGAUGCAGAAGCAGCCUCAGAACAGAAGAGCAAGGGUAAGAAGAGGAAGAGGAAGGCUGGUGACGAGUCUGAGCUUGAGAGUUCUGCUGCUGCUGCUGUUGCCGAUGGUGCUGCUGCUGAUACUCAAAGCCCCUGUGAUGUGGAGGUGGUUUCACCUGAGCCAAAGCGCAAGGGCAAGAAGAGGAAGAGGAAAGCUGGUGAUGAAUCUGGGCUUGAAAGUUCUGCUGCUGAUGUGGAGGUGGUUUCAGAAGCGCGAGAGGCGGAAGCAGAGGCAGCAGCCGAUGUGGAGGUGGUUUCAGAGGCGCCUAAGAGGAAGGGCAAGAAGAAGGGGAGGAAGGUUGUUGCUGAGUCUGAGCUUGAUAGUU